GACGCAACACACAUGAAAACAAACUCCAGUAGCAUGAGUCCUUGCAAGUUAGUUGUGUGCUGUGGACUUCGUUUCGAGUUAACUAAACGAGCCGUGUUAGUUGGAUGAUAUUUCAGUACGUACACCGCAGUGUUUCCAACAUCCGGUGAAAUUUAGCCGAGAUUAGCUCAAGAGCCAGCAGCAAGGAUGAGCGACGGCGGCAGUAUUACGCCUAAAAUUGGCAACAUGAAGACUUUGCUUGGGAUAGUCGCCGGUGCUGGGGCCUCCUAUGGGAUUUAUAAACUGAUAAGCGGGGGAAGCUGGAGGAGAUACAAGAAAAGUGGGGGCAUUAAUGAAGGUCCUGCUUCAAGGAGCAGUCAAGUUAGCCCUCGGCCGGACAGCCUGUUGGCCAAAGUGUCUGGACUGGACGUCGUGUGUCCUCCAGCUGAGAAAGCGGAUGACAUCAUCCACCAUUCUGCCGGCAACUUGGAGCCAAAGCACCUGAAAACGCUGCUGGCAUGUCUACAGACAAGCACGAAUACACCAGACAGGUGUCGUCUCUUGCUCACUUUAGGAAACGCUGCUGCUUUUACCAUCAAUCAGGAUGUUAUACGCGAAUGCGAAGGCAUUCCUAUCGUAGGUGGCUUCCUCACUGAUCCUGCACCAGAGGUCAAAGUGCAGACACUGAAUGCUUUAAAUAAUCUCUGCAUGAACAUCCAAAACCAGGAACAGCUGAAGGUUUACGUGCCACAAGUGCUGGAAUUGAUCGAGAUGUCUCCGGUGAACUCCGACCUUCAGCUAGGUGCUCUCAGGCUGCUAACCAACCUUUCGGUGACGGACAAACAUCAACACUUGCUCAAGGAUUCCGUGACGCUUUUACUCUCUCUCCUGGUGGUUGGUGAUGCAACGUUACAGGUUCAGACCUUGAAGGUUCUUGUGAAUUUGUCAUCUAAUCCCGACAUCAUGGAUGAUAUUGUUCAGGCUCAGGCUCCGGCUUCCGUCAUGCUGCUAUUUGACGCGCAAACGGCGUCCGCGGUGCUUCUGCGGCUGCUGACGUUCGCGGGCAACCUGAAGGCGUGGAGGCCUUCGGUGCAGGUGGCCGACGAACUGAGGCGCAAGCACGACUGCCUCUUCCGAGUCAUGCUGGACGAGUCGUCGGAGCUCCACGGCCGACUGGUCAAGCUGCUGUCACACCCCGACGGGGAGAUUCGUGCGCAGGUGGCCCGUAUAUUGACAUAGACCAUCCCCUGUUUCACCCACCCUACGCCACUGUCGGCACUAUAGACCUUUUCAUCAUGAUGUCAUACAUACUUCCGGGUGGCAACAGUUCAAGCAUUCUUAGAGUAAAGUAACCUUUAAAUGUCAUUUGUCCAAGGCAGAGUGAUUGAGAAAACAGCUUCUUCUCUCCCGCCUUUGUUUCAAUGUGUUCAACCCCACAAACAAGACGUUUUUAAUAUAGUUUCAGUUCAGGUCAGCGGUGGCAAGCUCACUUUUCUGCCACCUGAAAGUACCCUGGCGCCUGUUGUUUUCAAACAUUAUGAAAUACUCUAUUUCUUCACUAUUGAAUACUUUGCCAAAGUCAUCCAGCUAUCGGCAAUGAAAUUAGAUCAUACCUCCACACUGUCUAAACCAGCAGCUCCACAUCGACUGCCAGUUUUCCUUAUUUUUCAGCUUCUGCAGUUAAUUAGGGAGGAUUGAUUGGGAAAACUAGACUCCCAUUUCCCCUUUUUGUCCUGCAUUUAUAUUGGUGACACUGCAAGAGUGCCGUUUCCUCGCAUCAUUCAAUUCAGUGCCCUUUCUUUUGGGAACUCGACCUGCUUUUAAAAAAUGCCAGGACGAUUAAAGACACGGAAAUGAAAAGAAUCAGUAAAAUAUGCGAGAAUGACAGAAAGUUACAAGAAUAAAGCCAAAAUUUGUAAUGAAUGUAUUUAAGUGAGAAUAUUUUUUUUUUUUGGGGGGGGGGGGGGGGGGUAUUAUGAUUAUUUUAGUCUUGUAAAAAAUAAUAAUAUUUUUGUUGAUGUUGUAAUAUUACCACUUUUGUAAUUUUUUUCUCAUGUUACAGCUAUAUUUAUGUUAUCUACAAUUAUUAUUUCUCAUAGUAUUAAAUUUUUGACAAAUACUUCUCAUAAAAUUACAACUUUAACAAGUAAAAUUGCACCCUUUUCUUCUCAUAUUACAAGAUAAUUUUAGAAGAAUUAUGAUCCACUCCAAUAUAAGUGUUUUGUUCUUGUAGAAUUGCAAGUUUUCCCUCACAAUAUUUCAAUUUUAUUCUUGUGAAAUUGCUGCUCUUUUUCUUCAAUUGUAAUUUAAUUCUUGUCGAAUAUUUUUUUUCCAAGUUUAUUCUUGUCAGAUUUCUUAUUUAUUCUCGCAAAAUUCAAACAUUAUUAAUUUCCUAAAUUGCUUUAUUCUCACAAUAUUUUGGCUCUUAUUUAGAUUUUAAAAUUCACACAACAUUAACAUAGAUUCUGUAAUUCCCAUGACUUUGUUCUCAUCAAAUGUUCCAAAAGCCAUAUUGUAAAUUAUUUUUUUUUUUUUUUUUUUUUGGCUUCACAUCUUGAGGACACCAACAAAAGGGAUGUGCAGUAGUGCCAAUCUUCACCCACCUAUUGAUAGAUUCUGUUUCCAGAUCAUUAUAUUUUUCUCCAUAAGAGCCUAUCUAUCUUUCUGUAACCCAGAAAAAUAAUACUCGGGUUAAAAUCCCGCCAGCGCCACCUGGGACGCGAGGGCCUCAUGUUUGAAGGCACUGGAAACCCUGUGCAGAAAUCCAGUACGAAGCAAAUGUAGCCAUUUGAACGGAGAUGACCGAUUUUGACAGGAUUCCAAUAACAUUUGGCGGAUUACAGCCGAUAGUGAAUGUUAACUACAAGUCUCAUUAUGUACUUAGUGCAAAGCGCCAGGCGGUAGGUAACGUGACAGGUCUGCACGCUUUAGCCGAAGGGCUGGAGGAUCUUUGCAUCCAUCUGCUAGCAUGAGCAAAAGCUCUCUGUGUCACGAGUGCGUCCAGGUGUGACGAAAUGCUGCACGUUUUCAGUGUAUACGCUGACUUUGUUGACUUUGAUCUCUCAGGAACAGGUUUAUCUGGAGACUUCUCACUUAAGUUAAUCUUAUUUAUUUAUGUAGGCAGCAGUGUUGUGUUGAAUGAAACGUUUUUCUGCUUAAAUAUUUCAAGAAAUGUCCUCCAUACUGUAUGAACAAGUGUAUGUUAUAAUAAGAAUUAUUGUCUCUUUACCUUCCUGUUAAUUUAUAUUAUUGCCCUGGUGUGAACUUAAAUAAAGCACAUAU